GGUGACGGCCGGAGCCCCCCGGCCCCGCUGUUGGGCUGUAAGGGCGCCGCUUCUCCGCCCCCGGGCCGCGGGGCGGGCGGGCCGGGCCAUGCCGGCCCGGUUCCUCGGCAACGGCGGCCGGGCGACGUCAGCGGCUGGCGAGGCCGGCGGCCCGGCGCGGGCGGGGAGCGGCGGGCGGGCGGGCGCGCGUCUGCAGCCGCGGCGCGGGCCGGGGCAUGAGGCUGCGCAUGGAGCCGGCGGCAGCCGUGCCGGGCAACCUCUCCCGCGGCGGCGGCAACGAGAGCGGCGAGGCGGCCGCGGCGGCGGGUGGAGCGGCGGCGGCGGCGGCGGGGUGGUCGGCGGCGGCGCUGGCCUCGCAGGCGCUGGCGCUGCUGCUCAUCUUCGCCCUCUCGGCGCUGGGCAACGGGGCGGUGGUGCUGGUGAUCGCCCGGCACCGGCAGCUCCGCACGGUCACCAACGCCUUUGUGCUGUCGCUGUCGCUGUCGGAGCUGCUGGGCGCCCUGCUCUGCCUGCCCCUGGCCUUCCUCAGCUUGCUCAGCCGCCCGCCCGGCGCCUGGCUCUUCGGGCAGCGCCUCUGCCUGGCCAGCGCCGCCCUCCACGCCGGGCUGGGCAUCGCCGCCACCCUCACCAUGGCCCUUCUCUCCUUCGACCGCUACUGCGCCAUCGUCCGCCAGCCCCGACACAAGAUGGGCCGCCGCCGCGCCGCCCAGCUCCUGGCUGCUGUCUGGCUGGCAGCCCUGGCCCUGGCUGGGCCCUGGUACGGGCUGGCAGGCGAGGGGCGGCAGGAGGCCCGGCCCGGGGCCUACCGCUGUGUCUACGUGCUGCCCUGGGGCUCCUCCCGGCUGGGGCCACCCUAUGGCGCAGCCCUCAUCGUGCUCUGCUACCUCCUGCCCUUCGCCCUCAUGUGCUUCUGCCACUACAACAUCUGCCGGGCCGUGCGGCUGGCCGAGAGCCGCGUGCGGCCCCUCACCACCUACGGGCACUUGCUGCGGGCCUACGGGGAGAUGCGCACGGCCACCACUGUCCUCAUCAUGAUUGUCUCCAUCAUCUGCUGCUGGGGGCCUUACUGCAUCCUGGGGCUGGCCGCUGCUGCCGGCCGCCUGCCCUUCUCACCCACCAUGGACGCCGUAGCCAGCGGGAUGGCCUGGGCCAACGGCGCCAUCAACCCUCUUAUCUACGCCGCCCGCAACCCCAACAUCUCUGUGCUGCUGCGGCGCAGCCGCGAGGGUGGCUACAGGACUAGGAACAACGUGGCUGCCUACCUCUCAGUCCCGGGACGCCAGCCGGAGCACCGGGCUGACCGUGUCCGGGAGCGCUACAUCAACAGGCACAGCGGCCCCCUGGGCAGCGCCCCAUCCUCCUCCAGCCCAGUGAGCGGGGGAGAGGUGGCCAUGUGGGCCUGCAAGAACCCCGCUGUGCUCUUCUGUCGGGAUGGGCAACCGGACACCAUCUCUGAGGCUGCCUUGCAAACAAAGGCGGACACUGUUGACACCAGUCUCUGAAGGGAUGGGGGGUCCAAGUUGGAGGUGUUGGACGCCAGGGCUGUCUCCCUGAGGAAAUGUGGGGAGCCCCGGAGCUUGGAGCCCUUUGCAGCCAGACUACCAGGAAACUGGAGCAAUGGGACUGCGUGAGCCACAGUGUGGUUUCUUCUCCAUUGUGUGAGCUCUGGUUUGGCGACCCAGUCUGCAAGCGGCAGCUCCACAGGGAAAGGAAGGCCCCUUCACUUUCAGCAGGCCUGAUGCACUGUGCAGCCAGCAUGAGAGUUUGACUGCAGGAAGAAACAGCGUUUGCUCCAGUCCUGCAGAACGUGCCACAGUGAAGCUAAGAGACAGACACACAAAUACAGCACAAACUGAGUGUGUGAGCUGUUUGUUAAGUGCCAAACAUGCAACUGAGAGCUGAGCAUUGGCAGCUGGAAGACGCUCUGAAAACAGCACACUGUGAAAACUGCAUCAUGGCAGGAAAAUGUUGCUUUAUCCCAUUAUAUGUGGAAGUGCUGAUAGUCAGAAAGUCAUAGAUGGUAGGACAAGCUAAAAGAAUGAUCUAUUAAUAUGAUUUUUUUUUUUUCAAACUCCUAAGCAUAACAAAGCACUAAUUGUUGUGAAAGGGAGGAUAUAUGGUACCAGGAGGGAAGGGAAGGGAAGGAAAGGAAGAUUAAACAGCAUUUUUCAGAAUUUCAGUAGCCUUUUUUUUUUUUUUUUUUUUUUUUGCAGGUACACAGCUUAAAAUACUAUCAAUAUGAGAAAUGAGAGUUCUUCAGACAGGCUGAGGAAAAAGGUGGAUGUGUAGACUAUGGUACCACUGGGUUUGUACACAAGGUGUGUGUUUUCUCUUUGAGCUCAUCUGAAGUCUCUCACACCUCUUAAGAUUUUAACCAUGUUUAGAGGAGCCAUGCGAGAGAGGUGAUAUCUGAAAGGAGAGGUAAAGCAAUACCACGCGCUCUUCCUGUGCUCUUAAGCAUGUGAAAAUGUGCAUAUGUGGAGAACAGAUCUUGUUGUAUUGAUGGCAGCAAUCCAUCUGGAGUAUAAUAUUAAAAAGCUAGCUAUUGAAAAAAAGGAAAAUAACACAAGGAAGUGCAAUUGCAUGGCAUAAAUUUGUAUGAAUUUAUCAGUAUAAUUUUUUUGGUCCAAAGGCCUAAAGCCUUAAAUUAGUAUUUUGAAUCAGGAACUAAGAUUGGGCCUUCCUUUAUCUUUGAUAGAGUUAAAUGUGAAAGACGGGCAGUGUUUUUCCUUGUACAGGCUUUAAAAAUACAAUGUUACUGUUUUAUUGGCUUUUUCAA